AUGGAAUGGCAAAAGCCUGGGUAUAUGCCCCAGCUCAUUCCAGACGGCCAGGCACAGGUUGCCGAUAUGUCAGAGAUAUUUGCCGCUCCAAUGUCGAACAGCGAAGUAAGCCUCUCCCCCAACAUGUAUGGUCCCCAGCAGCACGGCUCGCUCCCAGUGCAAACACAAAACAUGUUUCCACUUCCAUGGGACCAGAAAAUAGUGGGCUUGAAUAACGGCGGUGGCAAUAUGUAUUCAAAUUUUGCGGACGCCGCGUUGGCGCCUUCGUAUGCUUCCUAUGAUAUCCACCGAUCAGUAUCACAACCUACCGACAAACGCCGCGUGUCUAAUCCGCAGGACUGGAGUACGGCGCAAAAUGGGCGCGAUACGCUGUAUGCACACGAGUUCCUCAAGGCGUUUCGGGCGCGAAUGCCAGAUUCGUCGGAAGGCCAAGCAGCAUCAAGUGCGACCGGAAGAAACCUACGUGCGGUCACUGCGCGCAAUCUGACCGAGUCUGCACAAAUGAUGACAUUCUUCGGAAGCGCGGACCCCCGAGCAAAGCGGGCAAUUAUGAACAAUGCCAACAUCAUCUUCCGGAGUAGCCGCAACACGCGUGGAUACAAACACAAAACGCAACCGUCGGCAACUGACCCUGUCAUCGACGCGCAAGAGCUGGGCACAAACAACGCAACGCCGAAUCGGUUCAACACCGCUCUGGGCACACAGUUUGAUUUGACGGACAAAAAUAUAACGGGAACAUCACACGUACCUGUCAGCAGCGCCUACAGUCCCUCACCCCACAUCAAGCCAUCUGCGAUGCAGGGCGAUGCGCAAGACGACGUGAAGAAUGUGCCGUACCUCCAAAGAUUUGCGUCGCCAAACGAUUGGAACAACUCGAUUCCACUGCAGGAUAACCAUGGAAUGCUCUCACAGCAGCUUAUGAUGUCCUUGCCAUCACAAGGUUCUGGCUCGCCCAACUUCUUUAUGAAUGUAUGCGAAGGCAUGCCAAUCCCACCAAACUUGCCUCAGGACGCUUUUCCUGGUCAGCCCUCCGUGAACACAGAGAGGCCUUCGCUGCGCUCCUCUCUUCCAGUCUUGCAGGCAGCAUCGAAUGAAGAAGAUUUUGCGUCUUUGACGGAGCCGAUUAUUGGAAAGCGUGCGAGUGCGCCCACGGCCAGCGGUGCUGUGCAGAAUGUAAAGUCUCCUUUGGAUGACUUUUUCAGCACUCCGUCUGUAUCGCUCAUUUCGACCAAGGACCUGGUUGGCUUUUGUGCAGCGCAAGGUAUUGCUAAUCUGUCCUCCUCUCCCGCGCAGGAGCCACAUUCUUUUUUGCUGCAGCCUGUUGUAGCGGGCGAUAACCCCGCAGCGGCUAUUUACAUUCAUGUGCUCGACGCGAAUGGAAAUAUUGAGCUGCGCCCCGCUUCUACCUACUACCGCAGCCCAACAGCACUGCACCAAGACGCAUCUUUGGUUAUUACCUACCCCGGCAACUUCACUGUGAGUCAGACAAAUAAACAGCUGUCUGCUAUGCAUCCAGGCCGUACACCACUCUUUCCUCAGCUUAUUCACGAAGAAGACGAUUACGACGCUUUGUGUAAAGAGGCCGCUCAGUGCCUCCAUACCCAAGCAAUACCGUUGCUCUUGAGCCUUGGCCUUUCCAACAUUCUUCGUUCGCUUCCUUUUCUGCAGCUCACCACUGUGGAACAGUACGCACAAGAAUUAAUUCACAUCCCGGGGCCGCUGCCGGGACAGGGAGUGCAAAUGCGCCAGGGAGUGCAAAUGCGCCAGCGGCAGGCACUUUUGCUGCUUAUUUGUGCACUUGCAUCUACACUUGUUCCCGUUGUCGAGCUCCCUGCGACUUGCGAUCGUGCUCCUGUCGCAGUCACGCCGUGGGGAUUUGGAAACCGCUGCUAUCGUUUGGCGCGUGGCUUGCUAGCGCCGCGUAACGUGCGGCUCGCUGCAGAUGAGGAGUCAAUUGAGUUUGUGCAAUGCAUGAUUUUGCUCGACAUGUACUUGAUUCGAUGCGGCGAGCAAAACGAGACAUGGCAGGCUUUAUUGUACGCCAGCGAAACGUGUCUUCACUUGGCUCAGCAGCCGUCUUUGUUACAAACGGCAGAAACCAGAGCAACAUCAUGUAUCGUUGAACGCGAAAUGAUCAAGCGGUGCCUAUGGGUCCUGUAUAUGAUCGAGCGCGGGAAUCGAUUUGCCAACUCUGCCAUUACCGGCGCGCUCUUUUCCCUGACUGUGCCGCCGAUGGAGGCACCUGUCUUUUUAAAAGGACUCUGUGUGGAUCAUCUCAUUAUUGACAAAGGCGUCACGCAGGACGCUUUCGCCAUGUUUUUAAGUUUAUUUGAUUUGUUCAGACUGUUAUCACUGGUUCUUGACCAUGGCUUUAUCGGAUCUCCAGUGAAAUCCAUGCGCCUUACCAACGCAAAGCAAAACGCAUCCAUUCUUUUGGAGCAAUUGAAGCAGUGGGGCUCCGAAACACCCUGCAUACUACACCAGCCGAAAGCACAGGAAACGGCAUGGUUGGAUGCGCAGUGGAACGCUUCCACGGUCGUCAACUUCAAAGGACUCUUUACCGCGUCUCUUUUGCGGCUCACCGAGCUGACAGCAUAG